UAUGGACCCAGAGCAGUUUCGUAAGCGUGGACGGCAAAUGAUCGAUUAUAUUGCUGACUAUUUGGAGAAUAUAGAGAAUCGAAGACCACUUUCCAAUGUUGAACCUGGAUAUUUAAAGUUAUUAAUUCCUGACGACGCUCCCAAAAAGCCAGAAGACUGGAAUACAGUUUUUCAAGAUAUCGAGAGAGUCAUCAUGCCAGGAGUUACACAUUGGCAUUCCCCACAGUUUCAUGCUUAUUAUCCGACGGCAAAUUCAUAUCCAUCUAUUUUGGCUGACAUGUUGUCCGAUGCGAUCGGUUGUAUUGGAUUUUCUUGGGUGUCUAGUCCUGCCUGCACCGAAUUGGAAGGCGUUAUGAUGGAUUGGUUGGCAAAGAUGCUUCAGUUACCUGAAGAGUUUUUAUCAACUGGAGAAGGAGGUGGAGUCAUUCAAGGAACAGCAAGCGAGGCGACUUUUGUUACUCUUUUAGCAGCGAGAAGUAAAGCCUUAAGCAAACAUAUUAAUUCUUCGAAAUCUAUAACAAAAUUUGUGGUUUACGCAUCUGAUCAAGCCCACUCAUCCGUUGAAAGAGCUUGUUUAUUGGCCGCCGUUGAAUUUCGAAGUGUUCCAAGUAAUGAAAACGAAGAGAUGACUGGAGAAGCAUUGGAAGAAAUGAUUCAAAAAGAUAUUGACAAUGGUUUAAUUCCAUUCUACGUUGUAGCUACUUUGGGGACAACACCAAGUUGUGCCUUUGAUAGACUACUAGAAGUUGGACCUGUUUGUAAGAAGCAUGAUAUUUGGCUUCAUAUCGACGCCGCGUAUGCUGGAUCAUCUUUCAUUUGUCCUGAAUUUCGACCACUUCUUGAUGGUGUAGAGUUCGCCGACUCAUUCAACUUUAACCCUCAUAAAUGGCUUUUAGUAACAUUCGACUGUUCUACAUUGUGGUUGAAGAACAACAAGUAUUUGGUUGAAACUUUCAAUGUUGAUCCUCUCUAUCUGAAACAUAAAGAACAAGGAAAUGUACCAGAUUAUAGACAUUGGCAAAUACCUCUAGGAAGACGAUUCCGGUCGCUUAAAAUUUGGUUUGUGCUACGUUUAUUGGGAAGUGAAUUUUUACAAAGCUAUAUUAGAAGACACGUGCAAUUAGCAAAGGAGUUUGAAGCUCUUGUUCGUUCUAAUGACAAAUUUGAAGUAACUCACCCAGUAAUUCUAGGAUUGGUAUGCUUUCGUUUAAAGGGUGAUAAUGAAAUGAAUAGAAAAUUGCAUGAUGCAAUUAACAAUGAUGGAAGAAUAUUUUUGGUUCCGUCGUCAUCAAAAUCAGUAUAUUUUUUAAGAUUUGCCGUUUGCGCAUACAAAACUUGUUUGAAUGAUGUGAAAUUUGCAUGGAAAACUAUUCUCCAAAUAUCGGAAAGCCUUUGAUGAUAUUUUACCAGAAAAUGAUUGAUUAAAUAAUAUAAUUUUUAUAGUAGAUAAUAGAGUUUAUUCUCUUUUUUUUCUUAGAAUUUCAAUAUUACUUUCUGUAGUAAAAUUUAGAAAUACAGCAUUUGAGAAAAACUUAACAAUCAGUUAAAAUCAUCUUAAAGCUAAAAUAGCGUAAUAGAGUAAAAGUUUUGCAUCAGCUCUUCUUGUGAAAACUUAAAUAUCGAUUAUGCGACACAUUUGAAUUAAGCUGCAAAUUCAUAUUAUUACGUUAAAGUAAAAAUUUUCUUCUCCAACUCGCAAACCUUAAAAAAAUGAUGCUAAGAUAUUCUUUAUCCCUUUUCCUUCUACUAACGAUAUCUUAUGGUCAAUCAAGAUUUUUAAAUCGCUUUAUAGAUAAGUCUAAUCUUUACGUUGAUAAGGAAAGACUUUGCGAACUAUUUUUAAAUCAUCCAUACGGAUGUCUGGGAAUAAAAGAAGGAUUUACCUUUUCUACUCCGUGUAAGAACGUUGGUGUUUAUGGAUGUUUGAAAAAUUAUGGCCCUUCUAAACGUUCGCCAUUCGGACCGAAUAUAUCAUGGAGUAGCUUUUGUCGUCUUUUCCCAAAUCAUAGUGCUUGCUCGAUCUAUCAAAAUAGUUUUAAUUGAGUUUCUAAAUAAGAAAAAGACCCUCUUUUUUGCUGUUGUUGUAUUGUCAACAACUAUGUCAAUUCAAUUUGUAAACAUUGUAUAGUAGUUUUCAAUAAAUUUAUAUCCUAAGACAAUGAUGUAAUUCUAUCCUUCUGUCUCUCUUUGUCGUCUAUAAGCCUAUUGCGCAAAAUACGAAGAAAAAGAGACAGCUAUCUAUUGUUAUCAUGAAAAUACAUCAUAUUCAUAUUUGCUAUAGUCGAAUAUUUAUAUAUAAAUAUAUAUUGAAUUAUUUAUA